UCAAAUCAAGACUGUUGGGCGACAGGUUUUUAGGUAUGCUCACAGCUUAAUAAAAAAGGCGAACGUGAGGACAUGCCUAGAGCAAAUCGAAAAGGCCAGAAUUGAACUAAAGACAAUGGCUGUAGAGUACGAAGCCACUCCCCUCCUCCUGCUCGCCAUCUUCGAUGAAGACUGCGAGCUCUUCUGUAAGGUAGUCGAGGAAUGCGCCAGUGAUGAAGACCUUGGGGACAUGCCAUGUUCUCCUUUCAUCAUUGCAAAAGGAGGCAGUUUUAUUACUGCAAGGAACUUCACCAUAUGCAUUGACACCCUGCCAGUGAUACACGCAACAAACCCAUGCCAGGCAUUCCGGCUCAUGUUUUUCGCACACUUUGCAUUUAAUCUUGCGUACCCUAAGGACACAAGCCUCUGCUUGGAGUUCACACAGCGGACCAUUGCAGGUGUCAAUCCUGGCAGGGGAACGAAGAUAGAGCGCACAAAGAAAAAACAACACUGCCUCUCCCCAAAAGUUGCUUCCCUCAUCACAUCGUUGCAAGACUUCGACUUUUAACUGUUCUGAAACUUCAAAACUUUUUCAUUACACACAGUUGGGCAACUGACCGACUAUAUUUCUACUACAUCGGGCUCUUCUGUAAGUGUUUCAAUAUAUACACCAUUGUCAUUUCUUUUCAUGCACUGUGAUAAUGCAAAUACUCUGUUUAAUGCCUUAUGCCUUCUUACUUUUAUCUGACUGCUUCAUGCAGUAGUAGUGUCAAGCAAGGCACAAUUUUCCUUAUUUGUAUUUUUGGAAUUAGUUUCAUGACCGGUUGUAUGCAUUUUAUUGUAAUACUAUUUUGAUAUGUAUAUUAUAGUUUCAAGAUUGGAACGUAUAAGCAGAGUGAAUUAAUAUUUUAUGGUUACACUGUGAUAAUACAACAGCUUGUCACAUGCCUUAUGUUUUGUUUGUAUCUCGGUGCUUAAUGCAAUACUAGUGUCAAGCAAGGCGUAGUUUGCCCAAGACACCUUCCUUAUGUAUAAACUUGUCAUUACAGUUUAGUGACUGGUUGGACUUAUUGUAAUACUACUUUCUCCAUUGUAUUAAAUAUAUUUUUAUAUUGUAGUUGUAAGGUUGAACGUACUAAGUAGAAUGAACCAAUAUUUUAUGGUUACACUGCGAAAAUGCGAACGCUGUUUUAUUCAUGCCUUGUGUCUUGUUGCUUGUAUCUCACUGCUUAGUUGUAAGGUUGAACGUACUAAGUAGAAUGAACCAAUAUUUUAUGGUUACACUGCGAAAAUGCGAACGCUGUUUUAUUCAUGCCUUGUCUUGUUGCUUGUAUCUCACUGCUUAGUUGUAAGGUUGAACGUAGUAAGUAGAAUGAACCAAUAUUUUAUGGUUACACUGCGAAAAUGCGAACGCUGUUUUAUUCAUGCCUUGUGUCUUGUUGCUUGUAUCUCACUGCUUAGUUGUAAGGUUGAACAUACUAAGUAGAAUGAACCAAUAUUUUAUGGUUACACUGCGAAAAUGCGAACGCUGUUUUAUUCAUGCCUUGUGUCUUGUUGCUUGUAUCUCACUGCUUCAUGCAGUACUAGUGUUAUGCAGAAUUGAUGCUUGUUAGGCGAGUUGGUGGUGCGUAAGUGCUAAAACAGAGUGAAGCAAGCCGGGACAAGAAAGAGCACACAACACGAGCGCUGACUUUCAACUGUUUAUUUCUUUCUGUUGUCAUGUAUAAAUACGCACAAGAACCACCAGCAUCAAAUUGAAAGCAUAGCCGAUACAACUCAGCCUUUUGCCGAUUGCCAACGAUCUAAAAACAUGAGUUCUUUUCUGAUAGUUCCAGCGAUGCCACGCUCACACACCUGUUAACUGCACAUGUAAUAUUCAUUGCCUCGAUAAGCUCCCUAACCCGCUAGUCCUUGUGACAGUCGGUAAUCUGACUCUGUUCAAACAAAGGCACGCAUGGCCUAGAACGGCACCUUCACCUAGAUUGAGUGCUGCAUUGACGGUAGCGCAGGCUACAAUGGUUACAAUGUUAAUUAGAGCAACCAGGGCCACCUCAGCCCGCACUGGCAUCAGUGCGGCACGCAAUCGGUGACGGAGCCAUUCAAUGCCAUGUGUGCCUUUCUUUGAACAGUCAUAUCAACCGUCGCAAAGACGAGCGGGUUAGGAAGACUAUCGAGCCAAUGAAUUUUUGCAUGUGCAGGUAACAGGUGUGAGCGUGUCAUCGCUGGCACUAUUAAGAAAAGAGCUGGGGUGUACUGGUGUGUGUCAGUCACCCUGAUUCUUUUCAGUUUCAAGCUGGCGGUCUACGUGUGUAUUUAAAUGGGGCUACACCAAGGAAUAAACAGUUGAAAGUCCUGUCUUGUUUCGCUUUGUUUUAGCAAUUGCCGUCAAGCAAGACACAUUCUGCCAAUAUUCAUAAUUUUCCUUAUGCGUAUAAUUGCCAUUAGUUUCGUAACCGGUUGGAUUUGGAUUUUUAUAUUUAUUGUAGUAGCAAUAUUAGAAGUACCAAGUAGAGUGAACCAAUUGGUUGCUUUAUGGUUACACUGUGAUAAUGCAAACAACCUGUUUCAUGCCUUAUGACUUGUUGCUCGUAUCUCACUGCUUCAUGCAGUACUAGUUUCAAGCAAGGCACAAUGUGACAAUAUGCACUAUUUCUCUAAUGCAUAUACUUGCCGUUACAGUUUAGUGACCGGUUGUAUACUCAUUGUGUUGAACUACUAUUUUAAUAAUUAUUUUAUUUUGCAAGAUUGGUUCACCCUACUUAGUACGUCCAAUGUUUUCGUUAUACUGUAAGAAUGCAAAAAGCCUUGGGCAUGCCUUAUGUUCUGUUGCUUGUAUCUCAAUAGCUGCUUCAUCCUGUACUAGUGUCGAGCAAGGCGCAAUUUGUCCAAGACACUCUCCUUAUGUGUAUACUUGCCAUCACACUUUAAUGACUGGCUUUCUUCAUUGUACAGGUAUUACUAUGUUCUUUGUUGCAAUCAUUGUAUUACCAUUUUAAAAUAGAUCAUAUGUUCUCCUGCAUACUUGCCAUUACUGCAUAUUGCGUGUCUUUUUGCUGUAUACUUUAUUUAGCAGCUGUGCUACAUAGGCAGUGCAGGGAGGGCAAUUUUAUUGUCAUUUUACUUGGGUCACCAGUCUACCAUUUACUUUAAUCACAUGAUGCUGGAAAGCAUAGUCAAAAACUAGUCAUAAUGACAUUGUUUACUAUUGCACUUGCAUUUACCAACGUUGUUGAAUACUAACUUGCCAUUUCUAGUAACAUAAAAGUAGUGAAAUAUUUCAUUGUGUUUAAACGUGGCAGCAGUUGCAAUGUUUUGUAUAUGCCUUUAUGUCAGUCAUUAAAGGUGGUGUGAAAGAAAUAAAGUCUCUGAAAUGACAGAAAAUAGAGCUUCGCAGAAAAUGUCGUCAUGAAAAAAAAAAGCUGUGAAAGAAUAGAAUAUUUCGUGACGGAAAAUGGAGCUUCACAGCAUUGUUCUGUUAGUUGCCGACUGAAAAAAGAACAGUGAAAUAACAGAAAAACAAACAGGAAACUGAAUUUCACAGGCAUUUUCUAUAAGUUGCAAGCAGAAUACCUGUGAAAUGACAGAAAAGGUAAAAACAGAAAACAUGACAUAACAGAAGCUUUCUGUCAAUUUCACAGGAAUUCUGUUAGUCGCAAAUAGAAAAAAGCUGUGAAUUGACAGAAAAAAGUAAAAACAGAAAACAUAGUGUAACAGAAACUUUCUGUCAAUUUCACAGAAAUUCUGUUAGUUGCAAACAGAAAAAACCUGUGAAUUGACAGAAAAAAGUAAAAACAGAAAACAUAGUGUAACAGAAACUUUCUGUCAAUUUCACAGAAAUUCUCUGUUAGUUGCAAACAGAAAGAACCUGUGAAUUGACAGAAAGAAUAAAAACAGAAAACAUACCGAAACAGACAUUUUCUGGCAGGCCAGCUGCCAGAA